AUGGCAGAUCAUUUACUUUCCGUGCAAGAGAUCAGCAGACACUGCGAGGAAGAUGACUGCUGGAUAGUGGUGGGAAAUAAAGUGUGGGAUUUCACACAUUUUGCACGCGUUCACCCAGGUGGUUCUGACGUCAUUCUUCAAUUUGCGGGUCGUGAUGCAACACAUUCAUUCUACCAGGUCCACAGUGAUGGCCUGAUCGAGAGCACGCUGCCCUCAACUAAACAUGUGGGUGACCUUGAUCCCAACAGUAUCAAUGAAGCAUGGCGACAGCAUGGCCGUGGAUUGUCCUUAAAACCUGCACAAGGAGCUGUGGAGCUCUCUAAGCCUCCUCUGUCCAGCAUACUCAGCGCUCAUGAUUUCGAGAGAGUCGCAAGAGAGACCUUCUCAAAAAAGGCGUGGGCAUUCUAUUCAUCUGCGACCAACGAUCUCAUCUCAAAAGAAGCAAAUCAGUCAUUCUACAAUAGGAUAUGGUUCCGACCUCGAUUGAUGCGAAAUGUUACAAAUGUAAAUACCCGAUGCCAGUUUCAAGGAGUCGAAACUGCUUCGCCUAUCAUGGUCGCACCUGCUGCUAUGGCCAAGCUCGCUCAUGAGACAGGAGAACAAGGGAUUGCGAGGGCUGCAGCUGCCAGGGACAUAAUCCACUGUAUAGCGACGACUGCAUCGUACUCAUUGGAAGAUAUUGUUCUCGCAGCCCCGAAGGCAAAUUUAUUCUUCCAGUUAUACGUUCAUAAAGACCGGUUGGUAACUGAGUCACUUCUUAAAAGGGUCUGGGCAGCGGGAAUUCGCGCGAUUAUGGUGACAAUAGAUGCACCCGUCCCCGGAAAGCGGGAGGCAGAUGAGCAUGUGCGCACCGAGCAAGUCAUCUCAAUGCCUAUGACUGGCACAGUGGCCAGAAACGACAAGUCGGGAAGCGGACUUACCAGAACCACAGGCGGCUUUAUUGAUAGCUCGCUGUGUUGGGCGGAUCUUCCAUGGCUAAAGAAAGUAUGGAAAGGCAAGGUGAUACUGAAGGGGAUUCAAUGCGUCGAAGAUGCACAAAUCGCCGCUCAACUGGGGGCUCAAGGCAUUGUACUGAGCAACCACGGAGGUAGAAACCUGGACACAUCACCCCCGUCACUUUUGACACUGUUGGAGCUACGUUAUCACGAUCCAUCCAUUUUUCAACAGACUGAAGUAUACAUUGACGGCGGCAUAACUCGUGGGACGGAUAUCCUCAAGGCUCUUUGUCUAGGAGCCAAGGGUAUACUUAUUGGGCGUCCGUUUCUAUAUGCACUCAACUAUGGUGAAGAGGGUAUAGUCCAUUUGAUCGACAUCUUACAAAGCGAGCUGGAAACUGCCAUGAGACUUGUUGGAAUUACCAAUGUUUCAGAGGCACAUCCGGGGUUGCUGAACACAAAGGAUAUUGAUCAUCUGGCUAUAGCCACGAAUCCUAAUGCUAGGCGAGAAAUCAAGCUAUAG